ACACUAAAGAAGCUCAAAGUCUGAGUCGAUUACUUCAAAAUAAGCUAACUACGAUCAGUUUGACCAUGAUGAUCGAUUUUAUGGCGUCCUUGUUCUUGGGAAUAUUUUGGCUUCAAGAAACUGGACAUGCCCAGGAGUUUCAGCCUUCUUUUGAAGAAAAAGGUGUUAGUGAACUUUUAAGACUUGAAGAGAAGUUACUACCGGAGUUGAAUGCAUUCAUCGCAAAAAAAGAAGAUUACUUGAAAGAGCUCGACAAGAUAAUACAUCAAACGGAAACUUUAAAGAAAUCUUCGAGUGCGAGCGUGCAAAGCUACCUGGGAACUCCAAUGAAUCAGUAUUUUCUUAUAAAGCGAUUUAUAGACGAUUGGGGAACACUCAACGAUUAUCUUCACUCUGAUACUUCUACACAUGAUCUGCUCUCUCAAAUAAAGCAGAAAGAAGACGCGAUUCCAACCAAAGCCAAACUCAAUGAAAGAUUGCGAGACCGAGAGGACUCACAUGAUGUUGAUCCCGAGGGAUAUCGGGUCUCUUUGUGAUGCAUGCUCAUAAAACUUGACUUCUGAGUUUUGUUGUAAGCAAAACUGGCUACACUCAUUUGAAGAAAGACUUUUUUGCGAAUCAUUGUUUGCUUGUUUGUGACCUGAUAUUGAUACUGAUCUGUAGCUAAUAUAGAGGGAAUUCGUCGUUGCGACAAAGAGACAAAUAAUAUCUCCGCUCAGAGGUAAAGUUUAUUUUAAACAGCUGGUCAGCAUUCCUACCCUUUAAUCUUCUUACUCCCAAGAUCUGUUUCGUACUUCUUCCGUCUGGCUGCUAUUCAUUUCUAUGUCAAUCAGCUAAGAGAAUUUGGUGGUUAAUCAAGUUAGCAUUAUCAAUCUAUUUCGUUUAUUAGUGAGGGGCUGACAAACAGCAACAUGCCACUGAUUGGUUUUUGAGCAAGCCUUUCUUCUAACAAAACGUAGACAUAUGAAAUUACAAGACAUUAGCCUAUAAUCUAAUUUCUGUAGAUUCUCUCACGAUAAACAAGUACACAUAUGGAAGUACUAGCUGCUUUCUUUGUCAUUUCAUGCCGAUGAAAUCGGGAUAAUCUCCAGCGGAAUUAAUUAGUUGUGUAAAAAUUAUGGUUUCUGCUCAAGCAGCAAAGGGCGCAAGUGACAAAGUGUCCCCGGGCCGAGCGAACUUAAGUCAGUUUCAUACUCGACGGUUUUCGUCCACCUUAAAACGUUGAGCGGCAGAGCCGAGAAAAAUAGCACAGCCCAAAGGGAGCCUACGUGGAGCUGGGAUAGCCGGUUUGUCUCAACCAGCUUUGCCGCUUAGUCUGCCUGUGGCGCCGCGCUCAUACGUCUGUUUGUAUAUCAGGGAAAAGGUUUCUUCCCAGGGUUGAUUCAUAGAUCGAGUAAAAAAUCACAGGGGCAAACUUGGCUAAUCGUCUCUUCUUUCACAGCCUUGUCGCCCGUGUUCAACUUUUUAUUUUACGAGAGGAGAAUAAAAACUCUCAAUACAUGAUUCAUUGUUUUCGUUGAUAACUUGAAUUUAAAUCUUUUAAUCACUGACGAGCUCGUAUCAGAAUAUAAAUAUCACUAUUACAUGUCCUAGGUACACUGUCUCCGUUCAAGUUAAAGAAUGCAAAGAGUUAACUCCAAAGUAAGCCGAGAACAUCACUAGGAAUUGUUGUUUCUAACACUGCAGCCCAAAAGGCUUCAAGUAACAUGUAUACUUCGGCUUUAUCAGAUAACAAAUUGCACGAAAUUCAGACAGAAAAUAUCCACCACAGUCAUAUACAAAUGUAUC